CCGCUUCCAGAUCCCUUCUGCCAUUGCUCUUCCCUUCGCUUCCCGUCCGUUCCUCGGCUCCCAUUUCCCAUGGCGGAAGAAGGAGAAGAGCUCGAGGUCGAGAUGGAGGCUUCCGCCGCCUCGGGGCCGAUCCCAUUCCAGCUCCAAUUCGACAAGCCCUUUCCUUUCCAGAUCAAGAUUGCGGAGUGGAAUCCGGAGAAGGAUCUGCUCGCCAUGGUUACGGAGGACUCCAAGGUCCUCCUCCAUCGUUUCAACUGGCAGAGGCUCUGGACCAUCUCUCCUGGGAAAUGUAUUACGGCUCUUUGUUGGCGUCCUGAUGGCAAAGCGAUAUCUCUUGGUCUUGAAGAUGGUUCCAUCUUACUACAUGAUGUGGAAAAUGGGAAGUUAUUGAGAAGCAUUAAGUCCCACAAUGUUGCUGUUGUCUGUCUGAACUGGGAGGAAGAUACACAGCUUAUGAGGGGUGACAAUAAGUACACUUAUGAGGAUCGUACCAUGCGCUUCUUUCCUCCUGCUCCAACAAUUCCUCGGAUGCCUGGACUGGGUUCUGGAGAUACUGGGCUCAUGGAUGACCCUGUAGAAACUUAUCGAGAUUUUUCCAAUUCUUCACAUCAACGUUUUAACAUUCUGUGCAGUGGUGACAAGGACGGCUUUAUUUGCUUUAGUAUAUUUGGAAUUUUCCCAAUAGGAAAGAUUAACAUCCACAAACUCUCUGUUUCCUCUCCAUUUUCGGACAAGCGAGCCACAUACCAACUACACAAUGCUUCUAUACGAAAGGUAGCUUUAUCUAAAAACCUGCGUCAAUUAGUUGUUCUGAGCUUGGGAGAGCUGGUCGAAGACCUUGUUACAUUGAAAGGUAAAUUUAUACAUAGAGAUGGGGAACUUGUUGAACCGGACAAAUCUUCAUGUGGUGAGGACUCUUCAGUGGGAAUGCACUGCCUGAUUCUGAAUACUUCUAUAUUUCUCAACAGAAAAAAUGAACUACAUCAGGUGGCCCUGCAAGCUUCAAGUAUUGAAGAUCUAAUUGAGGUCGUACGUGCUUCAUUGUCAGUGAUGUCCAAGCAAUGGUCCGACACCAUAACUUCAUUUCAUGAGAAGUUUGACUCUCUGUCUUCUUUGAUUGUUGACCACGGAUUAGAAUCCAAUUCUCAGGAUGAGUUUCUAAGUCUGUUAUUUGGGGCACGGACAAGUCCAGCACUUCACCAGUUUCUAGUUAACUCACUCGGUGAAGUGGGUCUGAAGCGUGUCUCUAAGGCUGUCGAUAAUGCUGGAAAAGAUCUUCAUGUUGUCGUACAUGAACAUCUUCAGCCUGCUGUAGAAAUUAUUGGAUUCAGAAUUGGAGAAUUGAGAGGCCUUUCGAGAUGGCGUGCACGGUAUCAAACUAUUGGACUGGAUGAGAAGCUUAUUGACAAUGCAACAGAAAAGGCUGGAAUGCUACAUGUGCAAGUUGAACGCUUUUCUAGGGUUCUAGCAACUGUAUUAUAUCAGCUCCAAAAUUUCUUUAACUGGGUUUCAAAAUGUAUAAAGAUACUUCUGUCUGAUCCAACUGAUCAAAUCCAACCACCCAACAGUGAACUUGUAGUUAUAUUUCUGAAGUUUCUUCUGGACCAUGAUCCAGUUGGACAGUUGUUGGAAGCAGAUCAUACAAUUGAUGUUGAUCCGGAUACUAAGCAGCGAGUUGAACAACUUGUAAUGUUUGGAGGAUUUUUGGAUACAAAGUUCUUGGAAAGAACUUUAGCGAAUGAAUUUAGUCAGCUGGAGCAAUGUUUGAAAGAGGCUUUCUUAAUGCCAUUUACCACUAUUUCAAAGAAGAUACAUUGUGAAGACUUGUUACCACUAUAUCCUAUUCCAUCUUCGCCUGUAGCUUCAUCAUUACAUGCUCCAACAUCAAUAUCCUACUACAAGGAUAACCGUGAUAGCUCCCCACAUGAUCUUGUGGACUACAUAUGCUUCAGAAUACCUGAUGAGUCAAUGGAUUUGACAAAUUGUAUUGGUAUAAUAAGGGGAUCUACAAAUACCUCCAGUUCUAUUAAGGACAUAAGUUCUCCUGGAGCUGUUUUGUUAUGCAUACCUGAUGGAUAUCACUGCAUGGACCUAUCCCUAUAUAAGCAAAGGGAGAUUGUUCUGCUACUUAAUGAAGCAAUCACGACUUCUGAGAGUCCUGGGAGAUCAUGGAUGAUGAUGGUUCAAAUAAGCGAUCUUUCUUUUAUGCCUCUUUCAAGAUUAGGGCCUGCUAAUCUCUGGAAGUUGCAUGAAUUGAAGCUUCCCGAGGUGUUGCUUGUGUCUUUUCGUCACGAAGGCAUGCCUUGGUGUUUAUACUUGAUGAAGAUGAGGAUGAAACUUCUGAUAUGGAAUGAAUUUCUUCCGACUGCUGUAUGGGAAGUGAGGAUCAUUACAACAUCUAAAGACAUGACCAGAACAUUGCAAAUCGUUGCUCUGGAGGCAUCUUAUCGGUCUGCUGUUGCUGCUCUAUGUCCAGCACCGUGUGCUGCAACGACAGAGCAUCAUAUCAUACAAUCUGAGUGCAGGUUUAUCACCCUGCUUAUUGAAGCUUAUACUGUCAAGUAUCUACUGUUUUCAGUGGAAGGUUCUCUACAAAGCUAGAAAGGGUUGCAUUUCACAUCCAGAUGGUAAAAUGUUCUAACUGCAAUGAACUCAACCAAUGGUUUACCAGAACCUCAUACUUCGUUAACUAGGGUUUGCUAGCCCAUUCGGAGAUGGCAACUUGUGGAACUCUUUGAAAAACAUGUGCAUGUCGUACCUUGAGUUCGACCCUGUAAUUAUAGGAUUAUGUUGGUUGCAGCCGUAUUUGAUAUAGCUAGUUUUUUGUCAAAAGAAACAAAAGCGUUUAAGAAAGCAUCAAGAUUGGUCCAAGAAGUCAUGGGUCCAAUUGUAAAAUCCCUAUAUCUUAAUUCAAAUCGCAUCCCACUUAAAUUAUACCUUUGAUUUCA